AAAAAAAAUACUAUCUUUUCAUAUUGUUUUGUAAGAUGGAACGCUAUACGGGAAAAGUUGCAGUCGUGACCGGAUCCAGUUCUGGAAUUGGAGCAACAAUAUCCAAAACAUUAGUAAAACAUGGAAUGAAAGUUGUGGGACUUGCAAGACGUGUAGAAAAACUAGAAGAUUUAAAACAACAAGUUUCAAAUGAAUCCGGACAAUUUUAUGGUGUACAAUGCGAUAUUCGAAAGGAAACAGAUAUUAUAGGUGCUUUCGAAUGGGUUGAAAAAAACCUGGGAGGUGUUGAUGUGUUAAUAAAUAAUGCUGGAUUACUGUUGGAUACAAAUUUAAUAGAUGGUGAUACUGAAAUAUGGAAAACAGUAUUUGACACAAACGUGUUAGGAUUAUGUAUUGCUACACGCGAAGCUAUUAAUUCAAUGAAAAAGCGUAAAGUAUCAGGACACAUUAUUCAUAUUAACAGUCUCAUGGGUCAUAAAAUAGAUCCGAAAAGGGCACAUAUAUUAAACGUAUAUCCUGCUUCGAAGUUUGCUGUUCGUGCAUUAGCGGAAACUUUACGUUUAGAAUUAGCACAUUGUCAAUUAAAAAUCAAAGUUUCAAAUAUCAGUCCUGGCUUUGUAAAAACUGAAUAUUUCGAAACACAUGAGUUGCCUGAUCAUUUGAAAGAUUGGCCACCUCUAAAUCGACAAGAUGUUGCCGAUGCUGUUGUUUUCGCUUUAAGUACACCAUCGAAUGUAAAUGUUUCAGAAAUAACUUUAGAAGGAAUGUAAUGCAUGUUAAUUUUUUGUAACAUUUACUAUACUCAAUAAAAAAAACUAUUU